CGAUAUAAGCGUUACCUGAUAGUCGACAUGGGAUACCUGGGUUACGUAGAGAUUGAAGUUGUUUGCGCUGCCUCACCGUGGUGCCCAACAUGCAGGAAAUAUUUCCACUCGGAGGGCGAUCCCGAGUGCACGGCGAAAAACAAGAAAUCAUACCUUAGUGCAGCCAAGUCCAGCACUCGCAAACAAGAGCCAAAAGGUAGAAAGCAGGGAGGAGGCGACGGGACAGGAACGGGGACAGGGGGCGGAGGAGAGGGAGGUCCGAGAGGAAAAACAGGCGGCAACAAGGAGAGAGAGAUUGGGAAGGAUGGAGGAUCGAAAAAUGGAACAGGGACGGAGGGUAAGGUGGGAGGAGAUGGGAGCGCCACUCAGGACAAAGGGAAGGAGGGAAGACCUGGGAAAGAGAAAAACGGAACCCGAGGGGAGAAGACAGGGAAAGAGAAAAAGGGGUCGGAGGUUAAGGACGAUGCAAGCGGAAACAGGAAGGAGAACGGGACAGACGAAGAGGAGAAGGGAAAGGACCGAAAUGCGGAAAAGGACAAGAUGGAAAAAGAAAAUGGUCCAAUGGUGGGCAAGGGAGGAGGGAAUCCCGAGGAGGAUGGAGGAUUGAGAAAGAAGGAGGAGAAGAAGAGGGAAGAAGGAAAGGGAGACCAGAGUAAGGAGGUCUCAGACGACACUCCCCAAGCCUCGACCAGAUGGGAGAGAAAACCACUCCGAAGUCGCAUCGGGCGACAAAGUGCAUGUUGCUCCACUGCUGAUUAGAGAUAAAGAAACGGGAACAGAUAACAUGGAUGAAGAUGUAACAAUAAUUAGAGAAAAGAGAAAUCGGGAAGAUAGAGAUGAACGUUCCUAACAUUCGGAUAUCGAUACAGACGUAGGAAAAACUUUAGUUCUAUAUGACAGAGACCGCGCCCUUAAGGCAAAAGAUGCCUCUCUCUCCCCCCUCCCCUCUUCCUCCUCUUCAGAAGGGGAAGAUGACGAGGACAGGGAAGUGGGUUUGCUGCCCCUAUUCGGAGACUCGCAAGAUCUCUCUCACCUAGGAAUCAAAACAUAUUCUAAUC